AUGCAGGGUCUUAUUCACUUCCUGCUGGGGAUGGCUUCGCUCACUGUUGUCAUGGCGAUGACCAACGUCACCACCCACCCCGGCCCCCCCAAUGACUCGCUCACGCCCGACAUGGAGCGGUUCUGCCACAUGCUGCUGGAGAGCCCGGAACCCGUCCCGCCCGAGCACAUGCCCUGGUUCUGCGCCUGCAGCUACUGCAAAGGAUCCCAGGGGCCCAAAGGAGACCCAGGAGACCGGGGCCUGCCAGGUCCUCCAGGUACCCCGGGCGGCCGGGGCCCGACGGGGCCCAGGGGCCCCCCAGGCUUCACGGGCAGACCGGGCAUCAAAGGGCAGAAAGGCGACGAGGGUGAGAAAGGUGCCAGGGGCCCCGAGGGAUCCAUGGGCCCCAAAGGAGACAGAGGCUUCAAAGGUGACAAGGGGGAGCCCGGUUUGGAGGGCCGGCCGGGGGAUCCCGGUAUGAAAGGAGACGAGGGCAUGUGUCCAGAUACCUGCGAGUCCUCUAAAGGGGAAAAAGGACAAACUGGUCUCCCUGGCCCUGCAGGACCCAGGGGUGACCAAGGAAUGCGUGGCACCCAGGGGUCCAAAGGCAGCAAGGGUGACACCGGUGAUGCUGGGGCCCCUGGCACCCCCGGCACUGAGGGUCAGAAAGGAGAACAGGGUAUUGAAGGGGACUGUAAUUGUCAGGACGGACAUCCAGGGAGCCAAGGACCGAAGGGAGAUAAGGGAGACCAGGGAGACCAGGGGGAUCAGGGCUCUGUCGGGGAUAAAGGCUCACAGGGGGAGAAGGGUGACAUGGGGCUCAUGGGGCAGCGGGGUCUACCUGGUCCCUGCAUGCCUGCCAUCCAGUCGUCCUUCUCUGUGGGGCUGACAGAAAACUUCCCCCCGCCCAACACGCCCGUGAUUUUCUCGCGUGUCUUCAACAACGUGCAGGGCCAUUUCAACACCUCGUCCGGCUUGUACACCGCGCCCAUCAACGGCACCUACGUCUUCAGCUACCACCUCUCCGUCUACCGUCGGAUCCUGAAAGUCGGACUCUUCCAUAAUUUCUUCCCGGUGGUGAGAACUACCAACAUACAAGAGCUAGGCACCACCUCGCACCAGCUCGUCCUCCACCUGGCCAGGGGCGACCGGGUCUGGUUGCAGGUGAAGGAUGAGACCACUAAUGGCAUGUCAGCUUUGUCAGAGAGCAGCAGCACCUUCUCUGGGUUCCUGCUGCACCCAGACAGAUGUGACAUGAUCAUGUUGAGGGAGCGUAUAAGUCCAGAACCUACAGGGGGAUACAGCUGGAAUAAAACCACCCCCGCCCCCCCAACUAGCCCGUAA